AUGUGCCCCGCCUUUUCAUUGUCGCGCCGCUCACCGUCGUCCCCGCUCGCGCCCCGCAUCGCCUACUCCACGCCGGCCGCCCCGUGGCCUCGCCACCCCUCGCUGCAGCUCGCACACGAACCCCGCCGAUGCGCCUUACCUCGCCCACCUGCGCCGCGGCCUUCCCACCGCUCGUCGCUGCUCCUGCCGCUGCACAUGCCGCCACCGCCGCUGCUUAGCGCCGCCCCGCCUCCACUGCUGCCCGUCGCCGCCUCCCUGCCGCUAGCCCCGCACCUCUGCCGCAGCCGCCCCGCCUCUGGCCGCGCACUCCUGCCGCCCGCGCACCGCGUCCCCUUCCCCGCCAGCGCCCGCGCCGCGCGCUGCUCGCGGUUCGGCUGCGCCGCACGCGCCCGACCGCGUUCCCAUCCCUCCGCGCAUGUGCCCCGCCUCGUCGUUGUCGCGCCGCUCACCGUCGUCCCCGCUCGCGCCCCGCAUCGCCUACUCCACGCCGGCCGCCCCGUGGCCUCGCCACCCCUCGCUGCAGCUCGCACGCGAACCCCGCCGAUGCGCCUUACCUCGCCCACCUGCGCCGCGGCCUUCCCACCGCUCGUCGCUGCUCCUGCCGCUGCACAUGCCGCCACGCCUCCACUGCUGCCCGUCGCCGCCUCCCUGCCGCUAGCCCCGCACCGUUCGCCGUUCGGGCGAAACCCGCACGCCCGUGACCCAGCGCCCGUAGCCCGCUAUGGCCCCUGUGCCACUGACACUAGGGGCUCACCCCCUGGAGCGGUUAAAAAAAAGGAUUUAUAA